CGCGCGACACGAGACUACAAGACCCCGCUCGUAUCUAGAGUUUAGUGGCCGAGUAGCUGUCGAUGCAUCAACAUCACCUCCACUACUAUCGAAAACCACACUUGCUAUAGAAUUGCAGCCAUGGGUACUGCGUCAAAGUCGUAUCAGUACAAUCUCGGGACCUAUCACCGCAAAGUCACCACGUCAAAUGCAGAAGCUCAGGUGUGGUUCGACCGAGGUCUGAUAUGGAGCUAUGCAUUCCACCAUGAAGAAUCCGCUCGCUGCUUCGAAAAGGCCAUCGCCGAAGAUCCUGGCUGCGCGAUGGCAUACUGGGGCCUGGCCUUCGCCCUGGGCCCUAAUUACAACAAACCUUGGGAUCUCUUCGACGAAAAGGAGUUGAAAAUGACUCUCGAGACCAUUGAACAUGCACUCACGCAGGCUAAGGACCAUGCGCCAAAUUCGACAAAGCUUGAACAGGCACUAAUUGAGGCGAUCCAAUCCCGUGUGCCGCAGGGGCUGGAGGAGCAUGACUUCAAGGCAUGCAACGAGGCUUACGCAAGGUCCAUGGAGUCGGUGUACGAGAGAUUCUUAGAUGAUCUUGAUGUCACAGCUUUGUUCGCCGACUCCGUGAUGAACCUCUCUGCAUGGGAUCUUUGGGAUCUGAAAACUGGAAAGCCGACCCCUGGAUCACGCUCCUUGGAAGUCAAAGGGUUCCUGGAGAAGGCACUCGGACAUGAAGACGUGUACAAGCACCCUGGUAUUCUCCACCUCUACAUUCACCUUAUGGAGAUGAGUUCAACACCGGAAAUAGCACUUGUUGCCGCAGAUCAUCUUCGUAAUCUCAUUCCUGAUGCAGGCCAUCUUGUCCACAUGCCGAGCCAUCUUGACAUCCUGGUUGGGGACUACCGACGGGCCAUAGCGUCAAACGCUGAUGCCUGUUUGGCCGAUGAAAAGUAUCACAACGAACACGGGGGAGACAAUUUCUACUCUUUCUACCGUAUGCAUGACUACCACUCGCUCAUAUAUGCUGCAAUGUUCGCUGGUCAGUCGAAGGUCGCUCUAGAAGCGGUAAAUCGGAUGGAGCGGUCACUACCGGCUUCUCUCCUCAGCAUCGACAGUCCACCCAUGGCAGACUGGCUCGAGAACUUCUCCUCAGUGCGUAUACACGUACUUGUUAGAUUCGGGAGAUGGCAGGACCUGCUUUCGUUACCUAUUCCAAAAGAUAGGGAUCUCUAUUGCGUGACGAUCGCAAUGGUCCACUACGGAAAAGGUGUAGCAUAUGCCGCGACCGGAGACGUCGAGCACGCCCUGAAAGAACGUGUCGCUCUGAAAGAGGCCGUGGAACGCAUCCCGUCGUCCCGCAUUUGUGGUGACUUCCCCAACAAGUCAAACGUGGUCCUUAAGGUCGGCGAGGCAAUGCUCGAUGGGGAAAUAGCGUAUCGGCAGGGCGAUUACGACGUUGCGUUUAGCCAUCUCGAGGAAGCGAUCAAGCGUGACGAUGCCCUCACCUACGCGGAACCCUGGCCUUGGAUGCAACCAACACGGCACGCAUACGCUGCACUCCUCAUGGAACAAGGCAGGAUCGAGGAUGCGGCUGGCGCGUACAAGGCAGAUCUAGGGUUCGAUGACACCCUACCCAGGGCAAGACAGCAUCCGAAUAAUGUCUGGGCCCUGCAUGGAUACCACGAGUGCCUCGUCAAGCUCAAACGAGAGGAAGAAGCAGGGAUUGUACGUCAACAGCUUCGGUUGGCUGAGGCCAUCGCGGAUGUCUCCAUUCAGGCCAGCUGCUACUGUCGCAAUGCUGGCAGCGCCUGAGAAAAUCCUUUAGACGGUCUGCUAGCAAGUCAUGCACUGGGGGGCUACUGGGUUGCGAGGGGAGCUCUUUGACUCGCAAUUAGUCGUUUGAGAUUUGUAAGCCACAUCUGCCCCUCAAUCUAUACAUUCUCAUCAUGCGUUGAGAACGUGAUGCGAUUGAUGUCGUUUCGAUGUCGUAAACGAGAGCAAACAGGCCAUGUUCACGCCCAAGUAUUUCUGAUAGGUAUGAUCAGAUAGCUGGUCUUCUAGGCCUCGAAUAAGCUUUGGACGAAUCUCUGAGCGACAGAGCG